UUUGUGUAUGAGCGAUUGACCGCGCACAAAGCAUGUUGUUGUUGACAGAGCUGCUUGUCGCCGUUGCCUGCGUUCUGGCGUGUUUGCUACUGUACGUGCGUCAGAGGCCGCCUCGCCGCCCACCAAGCCCGACCGACGCUGCUCCGAAAGCGAAAGCGGCUGCGCUCUUGUCGCCCGUAGCAGCGACCCAGCAGCAGCAGCAGCAGCGCCGGCCUGCAGCCUCAAGCAGCCCAAGCACGAGCGAGCAGCCCAAUCUGGAACAAAAGCCCGCUCCUCCUCCUCCAUCCGCGCCACCGCGCGUGUCGGGCGGCUACUGGUACUUUGGCCAUGCAUUCGCACUGGCAUUCAAUCCCGUGGCGUUCUGGCAGGCGUGCCGUGAGGAGUAUGGACCGGUGUUCUCAUGCACAGUGAUGGGCAAACCAUACACCUUCCUGUCGGACGACGACGGCCCGCGGUUCUUCUUGAACGUGCCGCCAAGCAGUUUGGCACCCGCCACGCUUUCGGAUGAUCCGGCGCGGAGCUUCUUCCCAGCCUACUUUUUCGCGGCGGCCACAUCCGAAGCACGCGAUUGGAUGCACACGGCGUUGGCCGAGUACUCACGGCGCCCGACAUUUCCGGCGGUGGUGCAAGAGUGCGUUGAGGGCUUGGACGAAUUCUGGGACAAGAUGGGCUCCCACGGCGAGCUCCGGUUGUUUGACACGAUGGAAGAAGCUGCGUUUCGAGUGGCAACCAUUGCAUACGGUGGCCGCGAGCUCCAGGGAGAGUUCUUCCACGAGUGGAAGUCGUACUUUGUCGACACGGACCUUCAGUCUGGCUUCCUGACUGGCAAGACGCAAAUGUUUGAUCCACGUCUCUGGUGGCGCAGGUCGAUGGUUUUCAACGGGCUCGAGCGGCUUCUUGAGAGGAUUGUUGAGCGACGACUUCUUGAAGGCGGUGACCUCGGUGGAGACUACAUUGCCUUGCUGAUACGGCAAGCACAGCACGAAAGUCAAAGUGCCGACUCGGUCGCCUCGACUGUGCCACAACGCGUUUUGGCGCGCCUGUUUAUGACCGUCUCGGAUGCGUUUAUGAAUGCGUAUAUUCAUGCCGCGUGGACGUUGGUGCAUGUCUUGUCCACGCCCGCGCUCACCUAUCAUGUCGCAGCCGAGAUUGAGAAUGCUGGAAAAUCGACCACUGGCGCCCCGGCAGCGACCGGCCUGAUCCAUAGCUUGCCCCUCGUCGACGCCAGCAUCGAAGAAAUGCUCCGGCUGAGCACGUCCGGCGUUACGAUUCGCACGUUAAGCCAAGCCGUGCCUUAUGGCGCGUUUCUCAUUCCCGCAGGUCACACGGUCGCUACGACAGCCUUCUUCCGCCACCACAAUGCCGAAAUCUAUCCUUCGCCGGCGCAGUUCAAUCCUCUGCGCUUUUUGCCAUCAAACUUUUCCUUGCCGUCCCCAAAGUCGCCAACCUCUCCAGGAAUGCGGCCCUCGUCGCCCCCGUUGCUUCAUCUGCACCAUCCGCAUGUUGAGCAUCCAGCAGCGCACCACCACCACCAUCAUCAUCAUCAUCAUCCGACACACAUUACAAGAGAUGGCUCUGUGGUUCUCGAGCGGCCGCCCCUCGCUCCCUCAACGACUGGCAUGCAGACAAGCCAGCUCGUCGACACGAGCGAAGAAGAGCUGAGCGCCGAUGAAGGUAGCGAUGCCGGCGAGCCAUCGACCGCUCCAACUCCUCGCGCCCAACAAGGACUGGGCCAUCCACAACGCACCGUCGUCGCAGACAGCUCCUCCACUCGAGACGCUGCCAGUGCUUCCUCGGCGCCACCCCCUCAGCGUGCUGUGCCCGAUUCCGCCAUUGCGGAACUGCCGUACACGAACAUACCGUUUAACGGGCGCUACUGCGCGUGUGUCGGCCGCAUGUACAUGACCACCUUUACAAAAGUGCUGCUGUCGGUCGCGAUCACUCGGUUUGAGCUGUCCUUUGCUGGCGAGCCGCCCGCCAUUCCCAACAGCUGUCUCACCGUUGUAACAAAGCCCUCUCGCGAUUGCUUGUUGCGAUAUCAGAGUCGCGAGGCGUUGUAACAAUGUAAUUUUUUUCAUUUUGUCCCUUUUCAUUUUUCCUUUUUCAUUUCGAGCUCAA